AUGGAUGAGGCGCUAUAUAACGCUCAUUUCGGUCGUGGAGACAAUAACGAUGGAGAUGGAAUCUCCAUGACUCCGACCGGAUCGUCUAGAGGUGUUGCGAAUGAAGACCAGGAAAACGAUAAUACAAAGCAACCAUAUGUGAGAAAACCACCAUCCAGAACGGUGAUGAUCACACAAACGACAGUUCACUUUCUUUACACUGUUUUCAAUAUAUAUGUUUUUAUAAUACUUUGGUAUCUACUUGCUUAUAGUUAUCGUGAGCGAAAAAUUACAGGGCUCGGGGAAUUUGAUUCACAUUCGAGGAUGGUUGAUUGCGUCCCUGGUCUUAGAGAUUAUGUUCAGAACAUUACUAGUUUUUGCGGAGCUGAUUACUUUUAUCAACUUCUCAUGGCUGACAUAUCCAAAAUAGUUAGUCCGUAUUACCGCUUUCUAUUCCUAUACCAUGUUCUCUAUCUGAUUUAUACGUUGAUUGCGGGAAUUGCAAUAUGGUUUGGCGAUAGUGAUGCCGCAAGAGGUGCGAAAGAUGCAGCAGCACAAAAUAUUUAUUUGAGUGGAAUUGUUAUAUGGGGUUUUAUGGCGUUCAAACCGUUUGUUGUAAUUACAUUUGCCGUUUUCACAUGGAUAUUGUAA